CCAACUCUCACCUCUCUCUCUCUCUCUCUCUCUCUCUCUCUCUCUCUCUAGAUCUUUAAAUAGAUCCUUGUUUCUUCGCUUCUUUGUUCGACAGAUACACUUAAAAUUGCAACGAUGCCGUCUUCUCAAUCUCACCUGUCUUCUCCCCACAAACACAAUCUUCAAACCCUUUUAGACUCAGCUCGCCCUUUCAUCCGCGGCGAGCUUGAAUCAAUUGAUCCAAAAAUCCCCUCUCUCGUUGCCGUCCUCCGCUCGGUCGGCGCCGCCGAGUGUUGGCACAAGCAUGGGAGUUUCUUCGAUCACCUCCUCGACACCUAUCGCAUCCUCAAGCUCUGGAACAGCCCUGAUUCCGUUGCACUCUGCGGUCUCUUCCACUCUGCCUAUUCCAAUUCCUACGUCAAUCUCGCCAUCUUCGACCCCUCUACCGGCCGCGACACCGUUCGUCAACACGUCGGCGAUGCGGCCGAGCGGUUAAUCCAUAUCUUUUGCAUUGUGCCGCGACAAUCUCUUAUCCACGAUGAUCUCCUCUUCCAUUACAGCGAUUCAGAACUCGUCGAACACCUUAAGAUCUCGGAUAUUUCAUUGAAGAAUGCGAAAGAGAAGGGUUUGUUUGAUUAUGAAGAAAAUUGGAGGAAGAAGAUACGGUCUCUUCUCCCACCGGAAGGGAUUAAGGUUAAGCACAUAAAGACCGGCGAAGAUGUGUUGGUCUCGCGACGGGUAGUUGCGACUUUUGUUAUGAUGACUGUUGUGGAUUUUAGUGAUCAGUUGUUUGGGUUUCAGGAUGUUUUGUUUGAGAAUUCGAAUGGUCGGCUUGAAUUCUCCGGCAACAAUGCCGCCGCCGGGUUGUGGCCCGGCGACGGAAAGCCUGGGCUUUGGAUGAAUUCGAUGUCAAGGUUGGCUGCUUUGUAUAGUUUGAUUGUUAGGGAAGAGGAGAUUUUCUUGGAAGAGAGGAAAAGGGCUGGUGGGGUUUUGUCAGGAGAAGGUUUUGGUGAGAGAGAUGAAGAGAUUGAGCUUGUGAUCCCACCUGUGUUUGAGAACUGUACUAAGGUUUUGGAUGCAGGAGAACAGAUAGAGGCCAGAGAUUUGUAUUGGGAAGCUGUUUGUGAAGGGUCUAAGAUAGGGUUGGAUAAGGUUGAGGAAUUGUUGAAGAGUUGUAUUAAGAAGAACCCAUUUGUGGGAGAGCCUCAUGUGGUGUUGGGUCAGGUUUAUUUGGUUAAGGGAAGGUAUGAGGAAGCUGAGAGAGAGGCUGAGAAGGGUUUGAUGCUUAUGUUGGAAUGGGGGAGCCCUUGGGAUAAGAGGAUGUCAUGGGAAGGGUGGAUUGCUUGGAGUAGGGUUUUGUUGAUGAAAGCUAAGGAGAAGUCCUGGCCUCAGAACGGUUGGGGUAUCCUCAACUUGGGGCUUGUGUGAAGUAAAUGUCUAUCACAGUGACUAAAAUGUGGUGAAUCUUGUGAUGAUGAAAAGCUUUCUCUAUCUUUCUCUCUCCCCCAUCUUUAUUAUAUCAUGUGCUUUUUUAAAUAAUUAUUGUGUGGCCCUUGGAUGGAUAUUACAAUGCUCAUAUAUCAAAUUUUAGAACUUAAUUUAAUCAAA